AUGACAAGCUUUAAUUGGGAUUAAACUUUAAAGUUGGUUCCAGAUUCAAACAUAGCAUUGGUGUUUGACUAAGCUCUUAUUGCAACUGAUGAGUACUUGAGGUUAUUAAAAAUAACAGAAGGUAUAAAAUAUAUAACCUAAAAUUUACCCUAAGCCAAAACAUUUGCUAAUCCAAAACUCUUGUUUUAAUUAAUGUGCUUAUAUCCCUUUUAAAAAUCUAAUAUAGAAUCUUUGAUUUCUGCAUGCUUUGAACAUUUUAAGGAUUUUGGUUUCAUUAAUAAUUUCUUUGCUUCCGCUUCAAAUAUUUCUCUGCUUCAAGAAACAAGUACUCAAACACUCAAGUAAAGAAUUACUAUGUUAUCACGGUUAAAUAACAAAACAAAGGAUAAUAAUGAGGGAUAAUAAUUCAGUUAAGCUGUAAAUCAGGAAAUAAUUACAAUUAAACUGUUUGCUGUAAGUUACCUGAAGAAGUUUUUUGAGUUGGCUAAUCAAUUGCACUUAGACUUUUAACUUUAUUGUCUAAUGUUUAAGAAUCUUAUUCAAAAUUCAUCUAAUCAAAAAUUGCUUGAAAAUGUGAUGGAUUGCUUUUAAGACCUAAGAUUCACAAUAUUUUCCAAAUGUGAUUGGGUUAAUUAAUUUAGUUAAGAAAUAGUUACAUGUAAAGUUACUUUUAUAGAUUUAGUUUUUAAUAACAGUCCAAAAUUAUUUCCAUCUUACACCAAAUAUCAAAUAGUUGUAGUUGUAGAAGAUUCUGAUUCAGAGAUUGUCAGUUAAACCUAAAUCAUAGUAAAUUAACAAUAAAAUAGAAGAAGGUCCUAUAUUUCAAAUGAAUAAGAUCCUAGUCUAUAUUUAUAAAAUUUAUGUUUUACAUAAGAUCCAGAAUAACCAUUAUAACAUAGUUCAGUUUUUCAAGAAGUUGAUAAUAUAGACAUUUUGAUUUAGUUUGUUUUAGAUCCAGCUCAAAUUUCAAUAGCUUCUCUUUGGGUUGAAAACUAUCCAAAUUUGCCUGAUAUAAUAGAUAAGGAUAAAAAUAUAUUCAAAUAAAGAUCAAGUUAUCAAUUAAGCAAAUAUCAGGUGCUUCGAUCUUAUAAAGCCCUAUUAAUACUCACAAACUUGGAUAACUUUAACAAAUUAUUGGUUUAAUAUUCAUAAAUAUUUACAAAAAUAUUUGCCUUCAUUCAUAUUAACCUAUUUGAUGAUACAAAAAACAUCAAUUUACAUCAUCUGGCCAUAUUGUUAAAAUUUUUAAUCAAUUUGUAACCCAAGUUUUGUGUUAAAUAAAUUAUUGAGUUCAAAAUAUUUCCUAAACUUUUAGAAAUGUUGUAUAAUCCGUCAAUAAAUUAACUAUUGAUUGAGAUUAUCAAUGUUAACGAAGAUGCUAUCAAAUUAGGAAUUUAUUAUUUAGACUAGUUAUGGUCCUACUUGCAUUAAAUUAAUUUUUUGUAAUUACUUUCUAAUUAUUCAUUUGAUGCAUAAUUGGUUUAAGAUACGCCAACACCUGAUUAAGCAGCAUACUAAGAGACAUUUUAAGUUAUUAAAGCUCUAUCAAUCUAUGAUCCAUAGAAACUGUAAAAAAAGUUGUUGAGAUAGGAGACUUUAGAAAUUUAAGAAUAGCCUACUAUUCAGUCUAGAAAUGAUUAUGAUAAUUUAGAAGUGUUUUAAAAUGAAAAGAAAGAAUAGCUAAUAAGAGGAGAAGAUGAUUUGUUAAGAAGACAAUCAUCUAUAUCAAUCAACUAAAAUACUUGCAAAGUUCAGGUAUUUUACAAAAGAAAAUCUAAUAUCUUUUACUUACCAAAAAUUUAAUCAAAUAUUUCUUGUUAAGAUGUGGACAAUAAAUAGAUUAAUUAUAGUUAAAAUAUAGAUAACUUAUUAAGCUCUGGAAACAUUAAAACACAAACAUUUAUGAGACUAAGAAAUAAAGCUUCUUAUCAUUUAUCUAAAACAAGAAUCAAAACUGAACAAGAUAUUGAUUUAUAUUCAAAUGAUGGUUUUCCAAGUAGUAAACUCGUUUAAAUCUACCCUACAACUAAGUCAAUUAUAUUUUUAUCAGAGUUUGAAAGAGAAAAAUCAGUUUUUAAUUAUAAUGAUAUGUCUGAAAAUCAUUUAAGAACUUUAAUUCUUCUGCUUAAUUAAUUAGUUGACUUUGCAGAAAAGCAAUAAGAAAUUUAAAAAAGAUAGUCUAAAACUUAAAUUUUCAAUAUUGAUAAACUAACAUACUCAAUAAUAACAGAGAAGAAUAUUUAUUACUUAUUUAAAGUAUUUUUGUACUCAAUUUUGGAAAUUCCUCAUAACCCAACUUCAAUAUCUGUUGAAUCAGGACUUUCAUUAAAUAAUCUUUAUUUAAAGGUUAAAAAUAUCUAAAUCUUCGACAACCACAAGGAUUUGUUGAAAAACCAGUUUUAAUUAAUAAUUGAUUACUUAGUUAAAUGCAUAGUUAAGCUAAACUCAAUUAGAUCUAAAAUAGAUUCAGCAUCCUUCGCUUUUAAAUAGUAUAUUUUAGUUUCUAUAAUGACAAAUGGAUUACAACUAUAUGAUAGAUAGAAUUAUAUGAUCAAGGUAGAUAAAGUCUUUCGAAGUGUUUUCAGGAAUUUAACAGACACUAUGCUUCAUAUAAUAAUUAUAUGGUUUUCGGAUAGUUAACAGAACACAAUCUACUAACAGGUUUUUACUAAAUUUAUUAGCAUAUUUUUUGCAGGAGCUCCUAUGCCCUACCUAUCGAAUAUUAUCUUCAAAUUAGGGCUAGUGAGUUCCUUGUAUAAUGCAUAUACAAAACUUUAUUAGAAUGAAAUAAAGGAUACUUCAUAUGUAGAGGGUAUUUUUUUUUAUAUUCUAUUGAUAAACUACAUUAUACGAAAUGCAAUAAGAGUGAGAAAUUUAAGUGAUCUACAAAGUGCUCUAAGUAUACUAGAUUCGUGGUAAUAACUUGAAUCAGCUCAACCAUUUGAAAACAAAAUGGCUUUGAAAAAUGCAGAUUAAGUGAUCAACUUAGAAUAGCCAAAACAAGUGGAAAAAGUAGUAGUCAAGAAAAGUGAAGAGAAGAACUUAAAAUUGAUCAAAAUAAAAAGUUAAAUAAAUCAUAAAGUUAAUUCGCUGGUAUCCUUAAAAAAAAAAACAAGCGAACCCAAUACUAACCCAGGGGUUCAAACAUCUAGGGCAGAAUUAACUUAAAGGAAAUUAAUUUGA